AAAAACUUUUUUGUUGGAGCCACACCUCAGAGGGCGAGAGAGGGAGAGAGAGAGGGAGAGAUCCAGAGAGAGUGAGAGCUGGUUAAUGAUCUCAGGGAACAGAGUUGAGUGUUUCAGUCUCCGCGAUCACAACUGCUGCUGCUGCUGCGUGAGUGUGAUAAAACCUCAUCAUCAAACCAACACUUUUUAAAUUCAUUUUUUUAUGGUUUCUGCUCCUGAAUUUCUUUAUAUUUUUGGGAGUCACCUGUAGAGCUCAGUCUUCAGAGGGAGUUUUUUUUUUUUUUUUUUUUUUUUUUGCCACUAUUCUGUUCAUCUGAAUGCCCAAGGAUUUUCUCUCGGCUGCGGUUCCUCAUCCGGCCUGCAGGGCGGGAGCAGAGCGUGGCAGCUGGCAGCUGGAGCAGCAGCGUGUCAGCAUGAGCGACUUCUGGCACAAGAUGGGCUGCUGCGUCGUUGCCAAACCACCGCCGAAGAAGAAGAGGAGGAAGCUCGAUCGCACAAUGAUCGGAGAACCAACAAACUUCGUUCACCUCACACACAUCGGAUCAGGAGAGAUGGCAGAUGGACUGCAGCCGUCAGGUUCCGUUCAGGAGCAGAUGAGAUCAAAAGGCCCAAACAGAAGCAGUCUGUUAUAGCAGGGGGCGCUGUGACUGUGUGAGCACAACAUCCAGAAACACAAGGUCUAAAGACUGUAUUUCCCACAAUCCCUCUGUGCUCCGAGGCCACACUCGACCACACCAAAGACUAUUCCUGACCAACCUUUGACCACCGUGUGCCAGAUGGUCCGUCUGGACUACAUUACCCAGAAUACUUCACUGUUUAGCUCCCGCGCAACUCAGCCUUACUGUUGGUGACAGGAAGACCUGCAAACACUGGACUCUGUGUGUGUGUGUGUGUGUGUGUGUGUGUGUGAACAUCAUCAUGCUGAUGUCGCUGCAGAAGCGUCACUGUACCAGCUGUAGCAGCUGCUACAUUUAGCCAGCUAGCAUAGCUGAACCUAAUUUGAUGGUAAUGUUAGCUUUGCCCCUCCUCUCUUUGCCCCUCCUCUUCCUCCCCCCUCCUCUUCUUCCUCCCCUCC